AUGAAGAUUAGGGAUAAUGUGGGUAAACACAGACUUGCGAACUUUGUAAUUGUUCGUUAUGGUAUCUUGAGAUACCAAGGUAGGCUAUGUCUUCCCGAUGUUAAUGUAUUGAGGGAAAGGGUUAUGGCCGAGGCUCAUAGAUAUCAUUAUGCUAUUCAUCCUGGUUCAACCAAGAUAUAUCAUAACAUUAAAGAGUUCUAUUUGUGGAGAGAUAUAAAGUGUGAUAUGGCUAGCCAUGUAGCCAAGUAUUUUAUGCGUAAACAAGUGAAAGUUGAGCACAUAAGGCCUGGUGGUUUGUCCCAAGAAAUUGUGUUGCCAAAAUGGAAGUGGGAGUCAUUUAAUAUGGAUUUCUUUACUAGUACUCCUAGAUCUCGGAAUCAAUGUGAUUCUACUUGGGCCAUUGCUUAUAGAAUCACCAAGUCCGCUCAGGUUUUGCCCGUGAGGAUAAAUUACUCAGUGGAAGAUUAUGCUAAGUUGGAUCUAGCAAUGAUUGUGAAGUUGUACGGUGAUCUGCUUUGGAUCAUCUCGGAUCAUGGUCCUCUAUUUUUAUCCUACUUUUGGAAGUAG